AUGGAAAUUUCUUGGCUCUUCCGAGCUGCAAUCAAUAUCAAAUCUGGAGACACGAAUGACUCUCGCCUCGUGUAUUGGAUAGAUCGCGAUUUCAGCCAGCACUCCAUCAUCGACAGGCUCAGUGUCCUAAAGCCGGGAUUCCAUCUACUCGAAGAUACGAAAUCAAGCCCUGAUGGUCCAAGGGUUGGUUUUAUCCGGAGUAACUUGUUCAACGUCAACAGCGGCCGGGUUCUGCCGCAGAACAUUGAGGGCCCUGAUAACAAUAUUAUUGAUCUGCUAGAACCUGAAGUUCGUCAGGCCAUUGAGCGCCAAGCUGAAGUAUAUGUUUUUGGUGCGCGUUUUGACACGAAGGAUGGAAUCCACGAUGUCCAUAUGAACCAGGGCAACAAAGGACGCUGGAAGGGGAUAACACCGUCUUUCAAGACGGAGCACUCUUUAUUCAUUUCACAAAUCCUGACCGAUGGCUUGGCAUUUUCCUCGGCUUUGCAUCCCAGGCAGCCCAUUCCGAUGAUCGGACUGGGCAUGCCAUAUCAUCGGAGACUUGGAGUGACUACCUAA